AUCGCGUCGGGCAGACGUCGGGCCUGCCGGAGCGGCGCCGCCAUGGCCUUGCGGGCGCUGACCGGCCCCGACCUCGACCUCGACCUGGAGCAGCUGCUGGACGCUGCUGCCGUGCUCGGCCCGGCUUUCCUGCGCGACCCCGGCUCCUCUCCGGCCUUGCCCUGGGACAGGUUCGAUGCCUGGGUCCACUGCGUGUGCGUGGUGGGCUUCGACCUGGAGCUGGGGCAGGCUGUGGAAGUAAUAUAUCCUCCACAUGCAAAACUAUCAGACAAAGAGAAAACAAGCAUUUGUUACUUGUCCUUCCCGGACUCUAAUUCAGGUUGUCUCGGAGAUACACAGUUCUGUUUCAGAAUUCGUCAGUCAGCUAGCAAAAAUAAUCCCCUUGACUACCUUUAUGAUAGAGAUGCUCCUGUUUACUUGAAGACAGAUUCUGCACAUUACUAUGGAUAUGUUUACUUUAGACAAGUUCGUGACAAAUCAUUAAAAAGAGGUUACUUUCAAAAGUCACUGGUGCUGAUCAGCAAACUUCCAUAUGUUAGCUUCUUCCACUUCCUGUUGAAGUUGAUUGCUCCAGAAUAUUUUGACAAGAAUGAGCCUUAUUUGGAAGCUGUUUGUCAUGAUAUCGAUCAUUGGCCCGAACCAAUCCCAGGAAGAAUUCUAACCCUUCCCACCACGGGAGUUAUUAUAAAGGUUAGAAUUCCUACUGGGCAAGAUAAACCUGGCGCAACACAGAUUAUACAGUCCACAGAUGAGGUUGAAUCGCAGGUCUCUUUUGCACUCCCCACAAUCCAUGAAGUAGAUUUGUUCAGAUGUUUUUGUCCAAUAUUCUUCCACAUUCAGAUGCUUUGGGAGCUUGUGUUGCUUGGGGAGCCUCUGAUUGUCAUGGCACCAUCACCUGCUGAGUCAUCGGAGACUGUUCUGGCCUUGGUCUGCUGUGUUUCACCGUUGAAAUACUGCAGUGACUUCCGGCCCUACUUCACCAUCCACGACAGCGAAUUCAAAGAGUACACCACUCGGACUCAGGCCCCACCGUCUGUUAUUCUUGGUGUGACCAAUCCUUUCUUUGCCAAAACAUUACAACACUGGCCGCACAUUAUCCGAAUAGGAGACAUGAAACCAGCAGGCGAUAUUCCAAAGCAGGUCAAAGUGAAGAAACUGAAAAAUCUAAAGACUUUGGACUCUAAACCUGGGGUGUACACUUCAUAUAAAACAUACCUGGGCAAAGAUGAAGAGAUCAUUAAACAAGUGCAGAAGGGUAUACAGCAAAAGCGUCCUUCAGAAGCACAGUGUGUAAUCCUCAGACGAUACUUCUUGGAACUGACUCAAAGCUUCAUCAUUCCACUAGAACGAUAUGUAGCCAGUUUGAUGCCUUUGCAAAAGAGUAUCUCACCGUGGAAGAGUCCUCCACAGUUGAAGCCAUUCAGUGAAGACGAGUUCAUGAAAACUCUGGAAAAAGCAGGACCUCAACUGACCUCCCGGUUAAAAGGGGAUUGGAUAGGUCUCUACAGGCAGUUCCUGAAAUCGCCAAACUUUGACGGUUGGUUCAGGUCGAGGUGGAAGGAGAUGACACAAAAACUGGAGGCUCUGCACUUGGAGGCUUUGUGUGAGGCAGAUUUACUGAUCUGGAUUCAGAAGCACACAGAGGUCGAGGUGGUGGAUUUAGUGCUAAAGUUGAAAGAGAAAUUGUUUCAGGCCAAACAGCAAUGCCUUCCUGUGAAACAAGACACACUGCAGAAGCUGCAGAUGCAUAUUGAAGCAAUAAUUCUAUCGUUGCCAGAAGACCUGCAAAGCAUCCUGCUCAAGAACGGCACAACAUGAUCUUUGCACGGUUCUGCCUAAAGAUAUUUAAUCGGAAAAAGGGGGCACGGACAUGCAUUCCAGAGGAGUACUGGGAAACGGAAGAAGCGUGGCAAGGAAAGUAACCCUGCAGCACAGCGGAGCGGGACGUGGGAAGACUGAGCCGAGUGUCGCUCGUGGCUUUUCCAGGAGGUUCGUCAGUGCGAGCAUGCUUGCCUGGGAUGAAGAUGUAGGAAAAAACUAACAAAUCACUGUCUAAAACUGAGUGUGUGUCUGUUCAGAAUGUGAUGAUUUUAACAAUCAAGUUUCACGGUGCGGUGCCAAGCACAGGACAUGUUUGGUGCCAGCAUUGUGCAAGCAGAGCAACGUGGCCUAGGAGGUCUCACUACUAAUGCAAAUUAUGUAUUCAUAUUCAUAUAAGCUGAGCAAAGACCUCUGCUGGUUAUUUGCAUAAAUGUAUAUUUUAAUUUGCUUACACUUUUAUAUAGAUUUCUAUUCUCAUACGAAAAGAUGUUACUAAUUUGUAGAAUAAUGAAUAUUUGUAUUUAAAUGUGGUCUAACUUUUAAGAAUGAAAAAUCAGGAUAUUCACAAGCAUACAUUGGUCUUCAGAGAAAUGGCCAGGGUUUGUUUUUACCAAAGCACUAAGUCACCCUACAACAUUUCUAAUAAACUAUUUUUAAAACUUUG